AUGAAACAAUAAAAUGAGACUGAAGACCAUAAACUUUAAACAAACUAAAAUUCUUUGAUUCAAAGUUAGAGUGAAGAACCAAAAACAGUAUUGAUUACUAAACAACAACCAUUUUAAUUACAAUCCAAUUUUAAAAUGUUAGCUUACAAAAAUGAUAUAGAAUGCUUACAGAAUCUUUAGAAAUUCAAGCACAACUUAGCCAAGAAAAUAAUAAAAAAAUCAAAAAAUUUAUGA